AUGAGUGCCUUCAAGCCCACCGAGAAGGAGCUUCUCCUUGAUGCCAUUGCCCAGUCCCUUGGACAGGAAGCCAUUGAGACAGUCGAGCCUCAAGAAGUAGAGGAGCCCGAGGAGGAAGAGGAAGAGACCGAGCUUCCCCAAAAUGGCCCUGUGUGCAUGACGCAGAAGGCCCUCCCUCGAGACUGGAAGCCCAACGGUGUGUCUGAUAUCGUGGUUGGUUUCAACAACGAGUGUCCACGAUGGGUUCCCGGCUCUGUUAUCAGAUGGGCUGCAUGGCGUCAGGGCUUUGAGACCCAAGAAGAUGCCGACUAUGCUGCUAUGCAACUCGCUAUUGCAGCUGACGCCUGGAAUAAGGCUGAUAUCGGCGUUACUUUUGAGUGGGUUCAUCUCGCUAAGGAUGCCACCUUCGUCCUCUAUCACGCUGGUAACGGCGACGGCACUCUCGCACAGGCUUUCUUCCCCAACGGUGAUGAUCUAAGCUCCAUGCUUGUCUUCUCCGACGCCUUCACUCCCGAGUGGAAGCCCAACAUGUGGAAGAUCUUCACCCACGAACUGGGCCACGUUCUCGGUCUUCGGCAUGAGUUUGCCAUUGCCGGUCUCCCUAUCUAUGGUAUUCGGGCUGAGAAGCAGGGUGCUGUGCGACUGGGCAAGAGGGAUCCUAAGUCGGUCAUGACUUAUGCUCCCGAGCCUCCCGAGAUUCAGGAGUCAGAUAUUGAGUCUACCAAGAUGUUUUAUUCUUUGAAGCCCGAUGAGCAGGGAAACCCUCCAAAGGUUGGGUUCACCAAGGUCAAGGACUACAUUCCUUCUUAA